GAACCUCUGCCAGAUGCAGGAAGACAACAGCAGCUUCUCGGUCCUGCUGGACCUCCUCUCGGAGCUGUAUCAGAAGCAGCCCAAGAUCGGGUACCACCUGCUCUACUACUUAAAGGCCAGCAAAGCGGCGGCCGGGAAGAUGAACCUUUACGAGUCCUUCGCUCAGGCCACCCAGCUGGGCGACCUGCACACCUGCCUGAUGAUGGACAUGAAGGCCUGCCAGGAGGACGACAUCCGGCUCCUCUGCUACCUCACGCCCUCCAUCUACACGGAGGUGAGGACCCCCCACCCUCACCCCCCCCCGCCGCACACGGACUCCACG